ACAGCAGAAAGAAUGGCUUGCGGCCAACGUGGAGAGCAUCCUGGCCCACAAGCACCGUCUGGGUACAGUAUACUGGAUUGGCUGCAAGGAAAACAAGAAAAGAGCACCAAGGCCACCGAGGAAUUUGCCUGAUCGGAGUUUCAAUACCUCGUUCCCACUCACAGCGUCCGAGUCGUGCCCUUGUCCCGCAAACGUUCGUUCGUUCCCCUUCCCCUGCUAGAUGCCUCGGAACAUACAAGUGGACGCCAUACCAGCGGAUGCAGACAUAGAGGAAGAAGAAGACGGUACCGGCGAAGGCGACGAAAUCAUGGAAGAAGUCGACGACCAAGAGGACGGCUACACUUCGUCAACACCCACUUCAACAGUCACUUGGAUUAGUUGGUUCUGCUCCCUACCGGGCCACGAGUUUUUCUGUGAAGUUACGGAGGAUUUUAUAGAGGAUGACUUUAAUUUGACGGGAUUGAAUACGAUGGUGCCGUUCUGGAAGGAGGCGAUGGAGAUGGUCCUCGAUGUAGAACCGGAUGAGGACGCUACUAAAAUUCCCGAUGUAUCGAUUGUAGAGUCCUCCGCAGAGAUGCUAUACGGACUCGUUCAUCAACGGUACAUCCUGACUCGCGCCGGGCUGCAAGCGAUGAUCGAUAAAUACGAAAGUAACACUUUUGGGACGUGUCCGCGCGUUUACUGCCGGUCAAUGAACGUCGUGCCGUGCGGUCGUUCAGAUUUGCCUGGUCUCGACACAGUGAAGCUCUUCUGUCCCAACUGCAACGAUAUCUACGUGCCCCCAAGUAGCCGUUUCCAAGGCGUCGAUGGUGCCUUCUUUGGAACAACCUUCGCGCAUCUCUUCUUCCAAAGCUACCGAGAACUUGCCCCUGCACCCUUCUACAAACCCAUGUCGUCCGGGAGCUCUUCGGCGUCACCUAAAAGCAGCAAUGGUUCGAGUGUUCCGGCGUUUGUGAACCCCAAUCCUCAUGGUGGACAGAAGCGGGCGGAAGGGAGUGUUUACGUGCCUAAAAUCUAUGGAUUCAAGGUCAGCGAGCGGGCAAAGAGUGGACCGCGUAUGAAGUGGCUGCGAAUGCGUCCAGAAAGUCCAGAAGAGCUGGAUAUGGUCGAUUGGAGGGGAAGGUGGAUAAACGGUGAUUAUGACGGUGAAGGUGACGAGGAUGAAGAGGAAGAAGACAGACAAAUGGAAGAUUUUGACCCGGAUGCUAUAGAUGAAGAUGAUGACGAAGAAGAAGAGGAGGAAGAGGAAGAGCCACCCAGCACGAUGCAAGGACAGCAGCGAUAUGGACGAAGGGUAGCAGACAUUAUCUCGGCCCAAAGCAUGUCACAUUCUGCGCGGACUUCUCCCACUUCUAGUGUUGCGCCUCGUACACCGAAAGAGUCACCACGGGUGAACCCAUCGUUGUAUGUCGCAUCGCCACCAAUCAGACUAGGGCUUCCUGGAGGGCAGGUGCGCAUGGUGCGGCAGUAUACUCCUCGUUUGGAGACGCUGCCUCCCACGGCGCAGGUUUGACUGAUUCGUUCGGUACAUAUUUUCUCUUCUUUGUUCUUCCACCAUUCUAUUUUGUAUACACCCGUUUAUUCCGCUGCAAGAUACCACACGCAAUCCUGUAGGCCUCUAAAACGAUCAGGAAUAUCAUUUAGCUUCUGCUUCCUUUUUCAUCAUUUCCCCUUGGGUUCGAGUGUUCAUUCCAAAACACGGUUACGGGUCAGG